AUGUUUGGCCGCUUUUUCAAGAACAAGGAAGACGGCAAGAGCGGCCCCCCUGGCCGCCAACGUCAGGGCGGCCAGAACAGCGCUGACGAGCCUCCCGUUGGCGGCGGCUUCUUCAACUUGCCGCCUCCAGUCCUGAAGCCGGAAGGCUCUCAAAGUGUUGCUGGUGCUGCUGUUCCCAGUAACUACGUGAGUGGAGGAAUUGCUGGCACAGCUGGAGGGUACCCAUUGUCGUCAGGGUAUGGCAAUAAUUCUCCACGAAAGAAUCAGAUGAUGGGAGGAGGAGCUCCUCCUGGAACCAUGGACAUGUUUGGCGGCAUGUCGGUCAAAGCUCCUACUGCUGCUGUUGCUGCUCCUGCUGUUGGUGUUGGAUUAAGCGACAACAAUGGAGGAGGAAGGUACAAUGCUCAGCCUCCGAGUCAGCUUCAGUAUGGCAAUUAUGGUGGAACAAUGCACUAUUCAGGUGCUACGCAGUCUUUGAAUGCAGGUGGCAGUUUAUUUAGUGGUCUUGAAGUUGCUCCCGGUGCCCCGGCGCCCGUGAUGCGUGACGAUGGAAGCGCCCGAGCGAUAGCGACGAACGGUCACGAGCAAAGGAAGUAUAAUGGGAGCACAGGACCGCUUACUCAUCAGCACAUUGCCGGUUCGAAGAGUUCGGGUGUAUUAGACUCAUCACAGUACUCCCGAACAAGUGCGUCGAGCAGCACGAGUACGACGGCGUCAAGGUCGAGCUCAAAGGCUGUGAAGAAGAAAACGAAGAAAACGUUUCGCCCUGGCUUCGGACGACAGCUUUCGGAUGAGUCAGCGGCAGCAUUGCAACGCGGCGACUUGAAAGAAGACGAUAUCAUUCACCAACGAGAAGGACGUCUCACACCAGAUCGAUCGGAAAGCUCACAUAGUUCACGCAGCGCUGCUGCUGCAGCGACGGAUUUAGCUCAUUUGUUGCCUCCGGUAAAAUCUGGGUCGGUUCUACGAGGGCUGACGGUUCAUAAAGGAAACACCACUUCCGGUAGUGGUGUUCUCGCUGGCCUUACGGUUCACACGUCAGCCUUGUCAUUGCCUUCUCCAACGAAGGUGCUAAAAUCUCCUGCAUUGGGAUCUGGUGAGACUGGCAUGCCAUUGAGCUCUAGCAUCCACGAACCACCACGUAGUAUUGCUGGCGAAGAUGCCGACGAACCAGCAAAUGAUGAUCCAGUGGUAAUGCUUGACCCCGUGUUGUACCCAAAGUCAUCUUCCCCAGUGCUAGUAGUUUCUCUGACUCCGGAGAAGCGUUUGUUUGGUACGUUGCGCGACUUCCAUGAGAGUGCGUUGAGUUUCCGUCAAUUCACGCUUAAACAGCAUGGAGAGGAGAAUCGGUUGCUGGAACGCAAAGCUCAGCUUGCGAAUCAGUUAACGCAAUACGAAGCAGAUUUACGUGACGUUGAAGUCCAGCAGCAGCAUGCUUGCGAAGUCGAAGAUUUUGAAAAAGCAGACGCGCUGAAUGCCACCAUUAACAGCGUACGACACUGUAUUACGCUUACCGAAAGCGAUGUUAGAAAGCUGGACAGUGAGCUUGUCGCAUUCGUAAGGACGAAGGAGAAAGCUUUCGCGAACCAACUGAAAAGUACGCGCGGCACUUUACGUGAACUCGAGAAGUUUUGCGAGGAUCAAGAAUCAGAGCGUACGGUCGUGCGCAACGAGUAUAAGCUGUACGAGAUCAAUCAAAAAGAGCAAUUACAGUUCGAAGCUGAACGCAUCGAUACUGAACUGCACCACGUGUCGGUGAGUCUAGAAAACGUCAAUUCUGAAAAGUCAGAAAUUGAGGCAACCAUUGAGGGUCAAUGUAGCUCUGAGUUCGCUGUCCAGGCACGACUGAUCGAUGAGAAAGCGGCCGUUGAAGAAGAAGUGCGCGAGCUUGAGCUUCAACUAAAGAAGAAGCUGGAGCGGGUUCGAAAGAUUCAGUCGGCCAUUGACACUGCUCAACGUGACAUUAACACAGUUCGAAAGCGCUAUUCUCGCCAGUUGAAGCGCAUUGCUGAUCGCGAAAACGGUAUCAGAAAGACUAAGGCAGAAGUCGAGUCGGAUGGCGACCAUCUUGAACGGCAGCGCCAAGAGUUCCAUGACAAACUGAAAGAGUACGCAGACAACAUCUCACUUAUCGGUAAUCGUAUCGGUACUGUCAAAAAGGAAAUGCGUGCUGCAUCGUUGUUGGCGAAUGUGCUGGAACUGCAGGAGACCCGUCGUGAGCAAUCUCUUAUUCGCAAAAAGCAGCAGACUGCGGAACUUAGUUCUCUGAAUGAUGCUACAACGGUGGCAGAGCAAAGUUUCACGAUGUUGAAGAACCAACAUGAAGAGCUUGAGAAAUCUCUGUUGAUUCACCGAAAUGCCAUCGCAUCUGCAGAGACUAUGAUUCCCCGUUUGGAGCAAGAAAAGAAGGUCGCUGCUGCGCAGCGUAACUUCAAGGAAGCGGCUCGCAUUUCCAAGGAUAUUAAAGCCCUGGAAAAGGACCGAUCUACAGCUGAAGAGAUGGUAGAAGUGGUGGAGAUGGAGCUGCAAGACUUAAAGGAGCGUAUUGAUAGACGUGAAACAGAGUAUGAAGAGAAAAAGAAGGAGUUGAGGGAGAUGGAGAAGCACUUGGAACUUGCGACUCUACAAGAGCUGUGGAAAGAAGCAAAAAGCCUACAAACGGCUUUGCGGAAGAUCGAGAAAUGCAAGAGUCAUGGGGACGCUGCGAACGAUGGUAUCGACUUUCGAUCUUCGGCAAUGCUUUUGGUUCAGGCCGAGUAUGACGCGUGCGUACUUCAAGUCGGUGUGCUAGAAAAGAAGUACGAUGUAUCUGACCCGACAAAAGACGACGAAGUCGAGGACGACAACGGUGACGACGAUUCACUUGACGGCGAAGAGAAGAAAGGCAGUGAGUGCUCCAGCUUUGCUGGAAAGGUGACUGACGUGGAAAGAAUGAAUGCUGGUGAUAAGAAUACCGAAAACAGUACAUCUGUCUUGAAGGAGAUCGCUGCAAAACUUCUUCAGCUCGAGUCCCGGAUUCAAGAGGCAACGACGAAUGAGGAGUACGACUUGGCUGCAAAGCUUGACGACCAGAUUGAGUCCUUGAAGCAGCGUCAGCAGACUAUAGAAACCUCAGUUGAAGAGGAGGUGUUUUCGGAUGAUGAUUACGAGAAUGAGUCUUCUAUGAGUGCUGUGGGAGAAUCCAGUAGCCGUGAGGGCUCGACUGGGGCAAGUGAUGAAGCUCAAGUGGAGUGCACUCAUGGUGAAAUGAUGAGCCCUGUGAAUGCAGCGCAUACUCGUGAUGCAGUGACGUACUCUUCGGCAGCAAUUCACGAACGAGUCAUCGAAAUGGAAGAGCAGAUCGAGCCGGCGACUGAGAACGAGGAUUACGGGAGCGCCGCAAGCUACAGUCAUGAGUUGCGCGCAUUGCGAGAACAUGAGAGCAUUAUCCGUGAUCAGCUCGGGUCUCCGGACAAAAGCAGUGUCGUGACAGUACUUCCUACGUCCGAAGGAGUCGCCGUUGAUACUGAUAAAUCUUGCGUUAUCGAGACCGCGGCGAGCAGCAUUUUGGUGAAUUCGCCUCGAGAGAUGGAUGUUAGUUUUGCAACGUAUGAACCCGUUGACGGUGGGCCCCAUCUGCGCGGUGACUCAAGUUAUUCGUCAAAGAGUUCGUCCGAUGUCCAAAUGACGGAGGUCGAAGUGGUGUCAGACCAAGACGAGCGUACUGAAUCCGAAGAAGCAGCGGCUCCUACCAACUUUGAAGUCAUUUCCCCUACGUCCUCUGAAAUGAAAGACUCGUUUUUCGGCAAUCCUGGGGUGCAUAAUAAUAGCGCUAGCCUUGUUGCGCCAUCUGCGUCCGGAUCACUGUUCGGAGGCUUACAAAUGAGUGGCAAUUUUCAGGUCAGCACAUCCUCUAUUGUUUCUCCCCGAAAAGUGACAGAAGGAGACAAUGAAAACGAGGAGGACGCGUCCGACGAAACCGCAGCUGGAGCUGCAGGCUUUGGCGCGUAUGGUUCUGUCGACGGUGGUAGUAUGUUCAGCGGGUUGCAGUUGAGCUCCAGUGCGGUCAAUGUUGGAGCAAGCGUACAGACGGAUUCUACGAAAGAAGAGUCUAUUGACAUGUUUGGCGGAUUGAAACUGAGCCAUGGCUCAGUCUCUACAACGACAACGGCUGUGCAGCACGCUUCGACGGAUGCACCAAGCGACAUGUUUGGUGGAUUGAAGCUGUCCGGUACCUCAGCUGGUGCUGUGUCAGUAGAGCAUAUCACAACAAACGUGCCCACAAAUAUGUUCAGCGGUUCAGAAUCAUCCAAUGACACAGCUAGCACCUCGAUCGAGGUGCUGAAUGUGCAUCCUGAUGCUUCGAAGCCGAUCAGUAGUGCUGCAUCAGCUGAUGAAGUGGAUGUUGCAUCGUCGGCGGAGAGAAGUCUUACGGAGAGCUCGGAGGGUACUCGAAUGUCGAUACACGAGCUGUCGGAGCACACCGGAAUUGUUUCAGUGCAUAAAGCAAACCAAAAUGGAGUGUCCUUGUCGGAUGCGCCAACUAUAACAUCAGCAACUAUGCCAAGUGGCACUUGCAGCGUGGAGACAACAGCAAAAACAGUCGUUCUCACGACACCCGUCACUGAGGUCUCGAAUGAUGACGAGAUAAACCGAGAAACUGAACAGGACUCGACGCAAUUAUUGGGACAUUUGUAA